GAGGUUGACGAGCAGUGUGAGAGCAAGACUACGAACUCCGGAGGAAGCGAGAAGAGAAGCUGCUAGGAAUGGCGGCCGAGAAGUGCGCCGGCGGCGCGAUCACGCGGUGCGAGCUCUGCGGGGGCGUGGCGGCGGUGCACUGCGAGGCGGACUCGGCCUUCCUCUGCGGGGCCUGCGACGCCAAGGUGCACGGCGCCAACUUCCUCGCCUCCAGGCACCUCCGCCGCCGCCUCGUCGUCCUCGCCGACGACGGAAACAGCGAGCCCGGAUCGGCCACGGACCUCGACUCCGACUCGUCCAGCUCCUGCGUGUCGACCGCCGACUCGUGCGCCCCGGCGCGGCGGGCAGGGAGGAGGAAGAUGACGACGGGCGGGCGCAGCAGGACCCGGCGCGCGCGGGCGGAGGCGGUGCUGGAGGGGUGGGCCAAGCGGAUGGGCCUCGCGCAGGGCCCCGCGCGGCGGCGGGCCGCCAGGGCGGCGCGCGCGCUCCGGGCGCUGGGCCGCGGCGUGUCCGCCUCGCGCGUCCCGCUCCGCGUCGCCAUGGCCGCCGCGCUCUGGGCCGAGGUCGCCGGCGCCGGGUGCGGGGACGCCGCGCUGCUCCGCCGGCUCGAGGCCAGCGCGCACGUGCCGGCCAGGCUGCUCGUCGCGGUGGCGUCCUGGAUGGCGCGCGCCGCGGGCCGGGCCGCCGCGCCCGCCGAGGAGGGCUGGGCAGAGUGCUCAUGAGCCACGCGCUUGGCUGCAGAUGUACCGCCGGUGUACGGGCGAGCUGAACACGGAAGAUCGGAGUCUGAGAUAGAGCCACACUUAGAAUUAAUUAGCUAAUGUAACAUGUGAUUGAGCAAAGUUUGUUUGUUUUUUCACUUCUGGAAUUUAAACACGAUUCUAUAUACUACUGUAUGAUUUAAAUGUUAAUAUUCUUUUCAUCAUCAUCAUCAUCA